AUGUCUUGCUCAUCUCGGAUCUCCUCCUCCCGGGCUGGAGGCAGCUGCUCUGUCAGGGUGUCUGCUGGUGGCGGCAGCUUCAGCAGUGGAAGCAGAUGUGGUCUGGGGGGCGGCUCCACCCGGGGCUUCCGAGGAGGAGCUAGCAGUUGUGGCUUAAGUGGGGGAUCAAGCGGUGGCUUUGGAGGGGGUUUUGGUAGCUGCUCAGUAGGGGGUGGUUUUGGAGGAGCUUCAGGCUCUGGAGCUGGCUUUGGUGGAGGUUCUGGCUUUGGCGGGGGUUCUGGAUUCUGUGGAGGUUCUGGAUUUGGGGGUGGUGCUAGUGGAGGCUUCUACAGCUAUGGUGGUGGUAUGGUUGGUGGUGUUGGCGAUGGGGGUCUUUUCUCUGGAGGCGAAAAGCAAACCAUGCAGAACCUCAAUGACCGUCUGGCCAGCUACCUAGACAAGGUCAGAGCCUUGGAGGAGGCCAACGCUGAUCUGGAAAACAAAAUCAAGGAGUGGUAUGAUAGAUAUGGGCCUAGGUCUAAAGAUGGUGGAUCUGGUAGAGAUUACAGCAAAUACUAUCCAAUAAUUGAAGAUCUCAAGAAUCAGAUCGUUACUGCCACUAUUGAAAACGCUGGGAUUGUGUUGCAGAUCGACAAUGCCAGACUGGCUGCUGAUGACUUCAGACUGAAGUACGAGAACGAGUUGCAUCUCCGGCAGACCGUGGAGGCUGACAUCAACGGCCUAAGGAAAGUCCUAGAUGACCUGACCAUGACUCGCUCCGACCUGGAGAUGCAGAUCGAGAGCCUCACCGAGGAGCUGGCCUACCUGAAGAAGAACCACGAGGAGGAAAUUAAGAGUAUGCAAGGAAGCUCCAGAGGGGACGUGACAGUAGAAAUGAAUGCCGCCCCAGGAACCGACCUGACCAAGUUACUGAAUGACAUGAGGGCACAGUAUGAGGCUCUGGCUGAGCAAAACCGCCGGGAGGCAGAGGAGCAGUUCAACAAGCAGAGCGCAUCACUGCAAGCACAGAUCUCUACUGAUGCUGGGGCAGCCAGUUCUGCCAAGAGUCAGAUAACAGAACUGAAACGUACUCUGCAGGCUCUGGAAAUUGAGCUUCAGUCCCAGCUGGCCAUGAAAAGCUCCCUGGAAGGGACUCUGGCUGACACAGAAGCUGGCUACGUGGCUCAGCUGUCAGAAAUUCAGAUGAAGAUCAGCAGCCUGGAGGAGCAGAUCUGCCAGAUUCGGGCGGAGACCGAAUGCCAGAACACAGAAUAUGAGCAACUGCUGGACAUCAAGACCCGUCUGGAGAUGGAGAUCGAGACCUACCGCCGCCUGCUGGAUGGCGAGGGAGGCGGAUCAGAUUUUAGAAACUCGGGAUCCAGAAACACGGGGUCCAAGAACUCGGGGUCCAGGGAUUCCAGCUCUUGUGACUCAAGAUCUGGAAGCCAUUCUGGCCAAGGAAGAGAUCCAACCAAGACCAGAGUGACGAAGACCAUCAUAGAGGAGGUGGUGGAUGGCAAAGUCAUCUCUUCUCAAGUCAGCAAUGUUUCCGAGGUGAAGGUCAAAUGA